AUGGCCGCCAAGUUUCUCACUGCGGCUCUCAUCGCCGCUGUCCCAGCCCUGGCCAAGACCGAUCUUGCAGGAUGCACCAGCUACGACACGGUUCUCAGCAACGCCAAUGGAAUGUACGCGUCUCGAAUCUGGUACGUCCCUGACACGGGCGAGCUGUGCGACUUUCUCGACUGUGGCGGUGGCCGAGCUCCCCCCAAGACCACUGUUCCCGGGUGCCCUGGCUACGUCGGCACCGCGACCUACUCUCCUCUCUUCAUCAACCCCAAGACUCUCGGUGGUGCUGUUCCUGAAGAGACUGGUGAUUCUUCUCCCACGAGCACCGAGGAGGAUGUGAGCGAGUCUGCUACUAUCACUGCUGCGCCUACUACCGAGACUGAGGAGAGUGCUUCAACUACCGCGGCUGAGACCGAGACUGAGUCUGAGACUGAGAGCAAGGAUGAUGAAAAGACUUCGACCGAUAAGGCCAAGGAUACAAAGACCAUCACCACUCUUGCUACUCAUGCAACUCCCUCUGCUUCCUCCGGAGCCGAGACCGGUUCCGCUUCUGCCUCCGGACCCGAUUCUCACUCCGGUUCGCACUCCGACUCCAGCUCCGAGACUGACGCCGCUGCUACCCCGGCCUCUACCGUUUCCACCGCCGGUGCCGUCAUGCCCACAGCCGGAGCCUUCCUCGCUCUCGCCGGCGCCGCCAUGUACGCCGGAAUCCUCUAG